UUAAUCUUUUAUUGGUGGAAACAACAAAGGCCUCACAUAACCACAUCAAACAUAGUUGCCUUGUCUUUUUUUCCUGUCUUCCUUCUUCUUCUGUGUUUGUGUUGUUGCGGUUGAACAAAGCUAAAGGAGGCAUCUCUCUCUCCUCUGCCCUCUCUCUCUGACUUCUAAUGUCAGAUAAUGUUGAUAAUAGCACUAAACUAGAUUACACUCCAUUUGGAAAGCUUCCUGAUCAUCUGCUCGUCGAGAUUUUUGUCAGAGUCCCUGUAUCAGAGUGGGCUCAAAUAUCUUGCGUUAAAAGGCAAUGGGCUAAUGUGUUUCGUGGAGAAUGCUUGUGGCAAGCUGCUCUCACCAGAACCUAUCCACUUGCUCACCAAACUAAAAGAUGGCCAGGGCCUAUACCGCGAGGGCUGAGCAGAAGGAGAUACACUGCUUUAUAUGUCAGUAAACGCAUCUUUGCUCUGGAUGGUGAGAUGGAUGAGAUUGUUGGCCAUGCUUAUUUGUUUCUCAAAGAGCAACUUGAAUUUUCUGACAUGCCAUCAACUUCUAGCAUACUUCAUGGAACCAUAAUAGAUCAGUUUAUUGCUUGCGGGAAAUCCAGGGAUAUUGCCCAUGAGCUUGCUUCACAAAUCUGGCUUGCUGUUCUUGACAAUUUGGAGGACAACGAGCAUACAUUUCUCAUACUGAAACGUCUUGCGCUAGAGGGUGAUGUUUUUCUUCCAUACCCAUAUACAAAAUCCAUUAAAGUGCAAUGGAAGGUGUUUGAAAAGCUCUUCACUGAUUUCCGUGAUUGUUUCAAUCAUGUGGAUUAUUAUGAUGUGCUGGGUUGUGCUAAGAACAAGUUUCAACCAAUACCAUCUGCCUGGUUGGGUUACUAGAACUAGCAGCUCACUCCGUCUCUACUGUGUCCAUGUAUGUCAGUACUGUAUGUAUUUAGGGAUGUCAUAUGCGACUAUAUAUGGCAGCGAAGUGCUGUCAUUUGUCUUGUUUAGUGCAGCACAGUCGCGCACGAACGGAGGAUGAAAAUAUGCUCCGCCAUUUGAUGGAAAGACACUGCAAAAGUGCAUAUUCUACUU